AUGGCUAAUGUUAAAUAUACCAAGAGAAAACAGAUGGAUAAUCCAAAGGAAUCGGAAACAAACAAAAUGGACUUCCAGUGUACUACAUGCAACCGUAAAUUCAAACAAGCUAGCAACCUCAAGAGGCAUAAUGAACUUCAACAUAAUCCGAUCGUAACCAGAUACUACUGUGAUAUUUGUAAAAAAUCUUACUGUCGUAAAGAUGUUGUUCAACACCAUAUCGCUAAAGAGCACCCAGAUACGGAAUUUAAAGAAACUUUAAUAUUCACCUGCACCAGUCCCAGAGAAAUGGCCGAAAAACCAAAAGAAUGGGAACGCCCGUUUUAA